UCCGGAUCUGAUUGAAGCAAGAGCCUGAACUGAGCAUACAGCCAUUUCUUGCCAGUGUCGGCCCUGUCUUGACUGAACAGAUAGCAGUACUGAAUAGGUUCUGAGUCCCCCUAUCAGUGGCAAAGAUUAUUUUCUUUUUGCAUAUGCUUAUCUCCGCCAUGGCCUUCUCAGGACUUCUGAAUGAUGCUGAUAUCACUGCUGCCCUGCAGAGCGUCUCAGCUGUAGACUCCUUCAACUAUAAAAACUUCUUUGCCAAGGCUGGCAUCUCUGGCAAAAGUGCUGACCAGCUGAAGCAAAUCUUUGCAGUCCUUGACCAGGACAAGAGUGGCUUCAUUGAGGAAGAUGAGCUGAAACUGUUCCUGCAGAACUUCUCCUCUGGUGCAAGAGCUCUUAGUGAUGCAGAGACAAAGGCCUUCAUGCAGGCAGGUGACAGUGAUGGUGAUGGCAGAAUUGGAGUUGAAGAGUUCCAGUCCCUGGCAAAGAACUAAAUAAAACAAGCCAAAGACCAAGUUUUGAUUGUUCU